CUACGUCUUCCUCUUUCACUUUAACAUCUAUAUGCUCUCAAACGCCCACUUGGAGCUCCGUUCUAGAUCAGUUUAAUUGGAGAAGAAGAAGAAGGAAAAACAAUAGAGAAGAUGGGCCGUGGAAAGAUCGAGAUCAAGAUGAUAGAGAACCGCACGAACAGGCAGGUCACCUACUCCAAACGAAGAAAUGGUAUUUUCAAGAAAGCUCAGGAGCUUACAGUUCUUUGCGAUGCUAAGGUCUCCCUCAUCAUGUUCUCCACCGGUGGAAAGUUGCACGAGUAUACCAGUCCCAACACAACGACAAAGGAGAUCUAUGAUCAGUACCAAAAGGCUUUGGGGAUAGAUCUGUGGAGCUCACACUACGAGAAGAUGUUAGAAGAUUUGAAGAAUCUGAUGGAUAGUAACAAUCGACUGGGCAGGGAGAUAAGGCACAGGUUGGGUCAAGAUCUGAACGGUCUGAACUUUGUCGAGCUCCAUGCUCUUGAGCAUAAGGUGUCUACUUCCGUGGACGUCAUACGCGCACGAAAGUUGCAUGUGAUCAAAGGCCAGACCGAUAAAUACAACAAAAAGAUCAAGAACUUGAAGGAAAUACACCGCGAUCUCCAGCUCAAUCUUAGAGCAAAAUAUGAGGAAUCCCAAUAUGGACUAGUGGUGGACAAUGAAGCUGCAGACUAUGAAUCCGCAGUUGCUAUAGCCAAUGGUGCCUCCAACUUAUUUGCAUUCCAGCUGCAGAAUCUGAAUCUUCAUGAUGCUGGAGGAUUUGUUUCCCACGAUCUGCGCCUUGCUUGAUCUCAGUGGCAUUAAUAGGUCACAUUAAUGAUGCUUUUCUAGACAUCAUGUCUAGCUAGCUAGUUAAACUUAUGAGGGAAUAAGUGAGAAU